AUGGCGCCACUGCACAACCAUGCCAUGUAUUCUUCCGCAUUGGGGGGACAUUUGAAAAUCUUUUCCAUUCAACUAUACCAUGGUGGAGAGUUCACCAAAUUUCAUGAAAGAAAGUACAUCAAAGGAAAACAAACUUAUGUGGAAUUACUUGACAUCGAUACUUUCUCAGUGCAUGACAUUGAUGAACUGAUAGAAAACUUGGGCUAUCUUGAUGAAGACAUUAAUGAAGUUGAAUUUUGGGAUGAUAGUGGUUAUGAAUCCAGUGAGUCCGAUGACAUUGACUUUUUUGUUUACAAUGACAACAUAUUAGAUGACGUAGAAGUUAACUUGAAGGAUUUCAAUGCUAACAUUGAUGUGGAUGCAGAGGGGGUUGGAGGUAAGAAGAAGAAGAAGAAUGUGGCAUAUGAAGAUAAUGAUGAAAGGGAGUUUAAUGAAGUUCUAAAUAACAAGGCUCUCUUGUAA